AUGAUGAAGCAGUCAGCAGCUCCUAUGAAUCCUACGAUGAGGAAGAGAGCAGUAAAGGCAAGUCAGCUCCUCACCAGUGGCCAUCCCCUGAAGCAUCUAUUGAACUUAUGAAAGAUGCCCGGAUCUGUGCUUUUCUGUGGCGAAAGAAAUGGCUGGGCCAAUGGGCCAAGCAGCUUUGCAUGAUUAAGGACAACAGAUUGUUAUGUUACAAGACUUCCAAGGACCAUAGUCCUCAGCUGGAUGUUAAUUUGGUGGGCUGCAGUGUCAUUCACAAGGAGAAGAAUGUGAGAAAGCAGGAACACAAGCUGAAAAUCAUCCCUGCGAAUGCAGAUGUGAUUGUCUUAGGUUUGCAGAGUAAAGACCAGGCAGAACAGUGGCUCAGGGUAAUCCAAGAAACAAGUGGUCUCUAUCCAGAUGGGCAGUGUGAAGGAAAUCAGUAUGUUCCAGACUUCCAGCGGUUCAAUAAUCCAAAAGUGGACCCAUCAGAGAGAUAUUUGGGGGCAUCAGAGAGUGGAAGCAGCACCGAGAGUCACAUGGAACUGAUGGAAACAAAGGAUGCUAAGAAGAAAUCCACACCUGGGUUAAAACUGAGCAACUUGAUGAACCUUGGGAGAAAGAAAUCUGCCUCCCUGGACAGUCCAGAGAGAUCUUUGGAUACUUGCACGUAUUUGAAUGUACUAGUGAACAGCCAGUGGAAAUCCUGCUGGUGCCAUGUGAAGGAUGGCCAGCUCCACUUCUACCAGGACAAAAACAGAAACAAAGCAGCUCAACAGCCUUUGAACUUGGUGGGCUGUGAAAUUAUCCCAGACCCAAGUCCUGACCAUUUCUACUCAUUUCGGAUCCGGCACAAUGGUGAAGAAUUGGCCAUGUUAGAGACAAAGUCUUCUGAAGAAAUGGGCCACUGGCUUGGUGUCCUUUUGUCAGAAUCUGGCUCUAAAACAGAUCCAGAGGAACUCACUUAUGAUUACGUUGAUGCCGACAGAGUUUCCUGCAUUGUCAAUGCAGCAAAGAACUCAUUAUUCUUAAUGCAGAGAAAGCACUCUGAACCCAACACUUACGUUGACAACUUGCCAAAGAGAAUUGGGAACCAAGAAGAACUCUAUGACGAUGUGGACGUCCCAGAGGCAACCAAGGAUGCUGUGCCUCCAAAUGGAAGUAAAUGUGAUGGGGAACAGGACAGAGUCUAUUUAGACCUCACUCCAGUGAAAUCCUUACUGCCUGAUGCUGGCCCAAAGCAGGGUCAGUCUUCUCCUUCAGUUUCUCCAUCUUCACAAAGAUCUAUGAGCAAAUGCUCAGUGGACUAUGAGAAAGACUCAGCCAUGCUGCAAAAAGAAGCAGAUCUGAAUAGAAGUGCAAUGGAAAUUCCAGAACAGAGGCCUCCAGACAUAGAUGAGCUGCCAUCUCUGUGGACAGCUGCAAUAAAAAUCCAGACACAACAGCAGCAAAUAUUUCCUCAGAGCGACACCACUAUUGGUAUGGCUGCACCAAAGGAAAAAGUGGAAAAACCCAAAGUAAUGAAUACAGCCCCCGUAGAAACAAAACUAGGCAAGAACAGGACAGAGGCUGAAGUGAAGCGAUAUUCAGAGGAGAGAGAUCGUUUGGAGAAAGAUAAAGAAGAAAUCCGCUCUCAGCUGGCAAAGCUUCGAAAAGAGAAAAGGGAGCUGAAAGAGAUGCUGACAAACUGCUCAGAUAAGAAUAAGUUGUCUACAAUGGAACAGAAGCUGAAAGAGAUAGAGGAAGAGUGUAAGAGGAAAGAAGAUCAGCGUGUUGAUUUGGAGCUGAGUCUUGUUGAAGUAAAGGAGAAUCUCAGGAAAGCAGAGUCUGGUCCAGUUACACUUGGCACCACAGUGGAUACCACACACCUGGAAAAUGCAAGCCCCAAAAUGAAAGUUGCCAAUCCUAUGAAUAGCCCGGAAAACUCACCUGUCAAUUCAGCAGUGGCACUAAAAAACCGUCCUUUAUCUGUCAUGGUCACAGGGAAAGGAACAGUUUUACAGAAAGCAAAGGAAUGGGAAAAGAAAGGUGCUAGUUAGGAAAUCCUAGUCUCAAGAACAGAUCAAAGACUCAAACUGGCUCUUUGUGGACUACAGAAGCGUACUGCCAGUAGCAAAAAUGUCCAGAUGAAGAAAGCUUGGCAAGUGGGGAACUGCAUCAUACUGUCUAGAAGAAAUGAUGGACCUUGGCCAGACCCCAGCCUGUCCUUCCUUAGACUGAGGCUAUUGCUCCUUUUCUCAGUCUUGCACUGUGUAGCUAAGACAGUUAACCCAAGUGGAGACAAUACUUCUAACCCCACUGGUGUCCUGAAACUGUUGCUGUACAUAAGGAAGCUUCUGUGUAUUUUUACUAUGGUGUUUUAUCAGUGCACAGUCUAGGAAUAUUGGAGGCUUUUAGUUGGAUUUGUUUAAUGUUCCUGUAGCAUACCAAGGCAUGGCAGGAGACAGAGGAGGUAAAGUUGAGGCCCCCAUCAGACAUUUCUUUAGAGGUUCUCCUAACCAAUGAUGAGAAUUUGAAUUAUACUUCUGUGCACUUGCAACUAAAU